AAGUCUUACUGGACUGUCUGUCCAGCUAUAGUUUUCAGCAGUCCCCCAAUUCAAGGGUAUGCCACUUCCUGAAUGACUGGUAAGGGAACUCAGGCCUGCCCACUGUGCAUUCCAGCCAAGGGACCAUUCAGUCAACAGCCAAGGUUUGCUCUACCCUAUUGCUUUUUCCCUAGGUUGCCUCCUAGUCCACCUCUGUCAAGCUUUUUUCUCCACCACGCCUCUGCAUAAACCCUUCCUUCUGGAGCAGGAUCCCAGGGCUGCUUCCUUCCUGGCUUUCCACCUUUUCCUGCUCUUAAGUCCAGAGAGUGACUGCAUACUUCCAUUCUGCAGCCUCCUUCUAUCCUUGCUUGCUGGUCUUAUGCCAGCCCUGCCUGCUCCUGCCACUGGGCUCAAUCCUCAGUCAGUGUUUGCCUCUCAAGCCUGACUCCCCUCAGGUAUGGUUCAAAGGGGCUAAGAAAUUUGAUAGGCCACAUUAACCCUUUCCAGGCCAGUGUGAAAUGAACACACCUCAUAGAAGCACUUAGCUACCAUGAUAAUAGAAGCGAUAUAAAUACUUAAGACAGGUAAAUUUUCUUGUUUGACUUCUAAAAGAAGAUUUUAAUUUAACUGUCCAAAUAGUAAAAGGUGAGUGCACAUACCCAUAUAGCCACCUAACCUCUGUAAGUGGAUCUGUUUUAAUUAUGGGUAGAGGUUUUAGUGGGAGGUCUCUCUCUCAUGGGAAGAAAAAGUAAACAUUCUAUUUCUAUUUAUUUGUCUUUAUUUACCUUUUCAUUUUUGUGUGUGUGUGUCGAUCGUGGUACUAUUUUUUUUUUUUAUUUCAUUUGCUGAUGGACUAUCCUAGCUAUGUGUUGUGCACCUCAGUCACUUUGGCACAUUUGUAAACUUCACCCAAGGAGACCAAUGUAGGAUGCAGUUAAAGAUCUAGCACUGUGUUAAUAAAAUGCCCAGUGAAAGUGGCGCACUCAUAAACAAUCCCUCCUCCCUGCACAGCAUUAGGAUAUGUAUAAUGUAUGUGCAGGCGGAGUUUCUAUCUGUAAGGCUUGUAGUACAACUUGAAGCUGCAGAGCACUAGCCUGUGAUUGGAGUUGCUAUGGUGAGCAGAAUUCUGUUUACACUCCCUCCUCCAGCUGACCUGGAGUGAGGCUGGACAGCCAGCAGAGCAGCAGCAACCAAAGGAGGAAAAACCAGGAGACUCUGUGUGCGGUCGGGUGAGGGUGCCAUGGGUCCCCUGCAAUUGCAGCAGUUGACCGUGGUCGGUUUUCUCAAAGAGCCUGUGUUCCACGUGGCGAAGUGUACAGCAGAGGAACUGAAAGGUGAAACCUGGGAGUAUCCCUCCAGCGUGAUGUGUUUUAUUGAUGGCCAACUGCUGGGAAGUGAACAAGAACUGCUCAAGUGGGCUUAUGACAAGUGGAACUACCAAGAUUUUAAACCUGUGGCACUUUACCAAGCUAUUACUGAGGAUUUUUACACCAAACAUAUGCAAAAUAGCAAGCAUAUGUUUGUGUACUUGGAUAUAGCUAUUCAGGAGCAGCCCACAGGCACCUUGUUAUUUGAGCUCUAUUCUGAUAUGUGCCCCAAAACCUGUGAGAAUUUUCGCUCUUUGUGUACAGGAGAAGCAGGGACGUCUCGCAGUGGUCUGGAGCUUACUUAUAAAGAGUCAGUUUUUCAUCGAUUAGUAAAAAAUGGCUGGAUACAAGGAGGAGACAUAACAACUGGAAGAGGAGACAGUGGUGAGUCAAUUUAUGGACCCACUUUUGAAGAUGAAAACUUUUCCAUUCCUCACAACAAAAAAGGGAUUCUUGGGAUGGCCAACAAGGGACGUCACAGCAAUGGUUCACAGUUUUAUAUCACACUACAGCCAACUCCCUAUAUGGAUAAAAAAUAUGUGGCUUUUGGGUAUGUAUACUACAGGUACAUAAUUUUAAAAUGUUUAAAAAAAAAUACUCCUGGUUUUCUAAGAUACCAUUGUCCAAGACUGAGAUUCAUCUCUGAGAGGCACAGCACAGAACUCACAGCUCAGGGGUGGAGGGUUUAAGCCACUUUUGCACCCUCCCGGUCCGAAGCUACGCCGGGACUGGAGAGGCUCCUGGCAAAACAUAAGGCAGGUCUGGGCCCUGUCUAUGUCCAGGUCUAUACAGUAGACUUUUGCUAUCAUAGCUGUGUUGUUCAGGGCUGUGAUGAGGUGCUAUUUCUGACAUAGCUGAGCCAGCAAAAAUCCCUAGUGUAGACAGUUAUACCUGCAAAACUGCCCUCUUACUGGUAUAGUGUGUUUCGCUCUGGCAGGCUACAAUAAGCUAUACUGGAAAAAGUAUAGUUAUGCCAGUAUAAGCUACAUCCACACUAAAAGCACUUUGUCAGUUCAGCAUACUAGUACAAUUAUACUUACAAAGCACUCCUAACGCAGACCUGGCCUAAGAAAAAGCAGCCUCCCAAAGAUUGCAAAGAUGUCCUGGGAAAGCAGCUUAUAGCUGCCUCUGCCCUGCUUGUGCCAGGGGAAUCCUUCCCCAGCCAGAGCCAGGAGUGAAAUCCUGGACCCAUUGAAGACAAUGGCAAAACUUCCAGUGACUUCAGUGGAGGCAGGAUUUCACCCUGGGGCUUUUAAGAUCCCUUUACCCAGCUAGCGGUUCCUAGCAUAAAGAGACUGGGAGCAUGGGGAAGCAUGAGACUCUCAUGCCAGCGUGGUUAUCAUCUAAUGCACCAUAGAGGAGUACAGCAUUUCAAAAGCAAAAAAAAAAAAAAAAAAAAUAGCAUACCAGUAUAACAU